GUUUGGUGAUGAUCAAAACUAAGUUAGUUCUAUCUCUGAGGACGUUUGCACUGGACCUGACGCAUUUUUUCUCCGAAACGGGAUUUUUUCAGAAAUUAUCAGGAAGUGGAUCUCAGUCAGUAUAAUGUUUGUCUCUAAAGUUUUCAAACUGUGCAUUUCGUCUGUUCAAAAAUCAGCUCUGAGCUGUGAGAGGACGACUGACAUUCGGAGCAGUUCAGCGUCACUUUCCAUCCUUUUCUUUUUAAUCAGAUUUUAUUCAGCCCCUUCUUAUUCGUCGAUAUGAAGAUAUUAAUUGUUUUAUUAUUACUACUACACAUACAUGGCAUGUCUGGUGCUGAGACAGAUGCAAUAGAAUCAGUAUCAGUGAUGGAGGGAGAUUCAGUGACUCUACAUGCUUUUGAAACACAAGCAGAAGAUCUGAAAGUGUGGAGCUUUGGACCUGACAAUACUGUCAUAGCUGUGAACUCUGAAGUUAAGAUAUUUAGGGACAGAUUUCUGGUGAACCAAUCAACUGCAUCUCUUACUAUCAAAAACAUCACAGCUAAUUUUUCUGGAAUAUAUAAAUUAACUGUGGUAAGGAAGAGCUCAUACAAGACAUAUAAUGUUAUUGUUUAUGCUCGUCUGCCUGUUCCUGUCAUCAGCAGUGACUCUUCACAAUGUUCAUCAUCAUCAUCACAGCAGAAUUGUUCACUGGUGUGUUCAGUGGUGAAUGUGAGUGAUGUGAGUCUCUCCUGGUACAAAGGAAACAGUUUAUUGUCCAGCAUCAGUGUGUCUGAUCUCAGCAUCAGUCUCUCUCUACCUCUGGAGGUGGAAUAUCAGGAUAAAAACACCUACAGCUGUGUGAUCAACAAUCCCAUCAGCAACCAGACUCAACAUCUGGACAUCAGCAAACUCUGUCAGUCAUGCCCAGCACAAGGACUGUCUGUAGGUGUUAUAGUGGGGAUGUGUGUUGGUCUCCCCCUGCUGGUAGCUGGGGGUGCUGUGGUUUACUUUUGCUACAAAAAACUUGCAGAAAAAACUGAUCUGCCUCCUGUGGAAGAAAAUGUUCCACUAAACAAUGGUCGAGAUCUUACGGAAGAAACUAAUAACCCAAAUAAUGAUCAGGAAAUGCCUUAUCAGGAGAGAGAUUUACAAGAUGGUCAAGAUCUUGGGAAAAAAGCUGAUAACCCAAAUAAUGAUCAGGAAAUAUCUGAUCAGGAGAGAUGUUUGCCAGAUGGUUUCAUUGAAUUAAAUCUGAUUGUUGCUGGAACAGUUCUUGGGGAAGAAGUUGAUAACCCAAAUAAUGGUAAGAUAUUGCAUUACUGUGUGCAUUAAAUCUCUGCGUGUUUGAGUACAAAUCAGAUUAACAAUUGCCUAAUCAAAUGUUAAUCUGAAAUGCCUAAUCAAGAAAGAUAUGUACCAAAUGGUAAGUUACAGUAAAACAGUUUUCUUUUUAUUUUCAUCGUCCAUUACAUGUAGUCAUAAUUAACAAUAUAUUUAUAACAAACUGGUCAGGAAAAACAUGAUUCACCUCAAGGUAAGAUAAUGAAAUAUUGUGGUACACCUUCCACUGCAAGCUGUGAGCAGCUUUACUAUACAUUGCUUGCAGUGUGCAUACACAAACAAAAUGUUAACAUUACAAAUAUUGUUGACACUUUUGUUACACUUUUGUUUGUUUGACAAGAUCUCAGUUUAUCAUUUAUACAUGUUUAAUUCCUGCCUCAAUUUUUUUUUUUUUUUCCCCCAGAUAUUCAACCAGAUAAAUUUAAGAAAAUAAAUGUGAACCAGGGACAAACUAUCACCCUAAAUACUGGUGUUACUGAGAUACAGAGCGAUGAUCAGCUAAUUGUGGAAAUAUGCUGAUUCCAGUGUAUCUGAAUCCACAA